GUAUUUGCACACAGUGAGCAAGAGUGCUUUGAGCAAGCUAAGUCAGCGAGCGAAAUUCAGAAGAAUUUGUAUUAAAAGUGAAAAAGUUAUAAAAGUGUAAAUUAAGCAAGAUGCGUCUAGGCCAGACUGUUCCCAACUUCAAAGCUGAGACCACAAAGGGUCCCAUAAGCUUCCACGAAUGGCAGGGCAACGAAUGGGUUGUGCUGUUCUCGCACCCCGCCGAUUUCACACCCGUUUGCACCACGGAACUGGGCCGCAUUGCUGUCCACCAGCCGGAGUUUGCCAAGCGCAAUGCCAAGUGCCUGGCGCACUCGGUGGAUGCCCUAGACUCGCAUGUCGACUGGGUCAACGACAUUAAGUCUUACUGCUUGGACAUUCCCGGGGAUUUUCCAUAUCCAAUCAUUGCCGAUCCCACUCGCGAUUUGGCUGUGUCUUUGGGCAUGCUGGAUGAAGAUCAGAAGAAGGAUCCCGAAGUGGCCAAGACCAUUCGUGCUCUCUUCAUUAUUAGCCCCGAUCACAAGGUUCGCCUUUCUAUGUUCUACCCGAUGUCAACUGGUCGCAAUGUUGAUGAAAUCUUGCGUACCAUCGAUUCCCUGCAGUUGACAGAUCGCCUCAAGGUGGUGGCUACACCCGCCAACUGGACUCCUGGUACCAAGGUCAUGAUUCUGCCAUCGGUUACUGAUGAGGAGGCCAACAAACUCUUCCCCAAGGGCUUCGAUAAGGUAUCCAUGCCAUCGGGAGUCAACUACGUGCGCACUACAGAGAACUAUUAGGCUGAUAAUCUAUACUAUAUAUAAUAUUAAUAUUUAUGCUGUUUGAUACGGUUUCCUAAAUUGAAUAAAUUAUAAACAUUA